UCUGCGCUGUGGCUCUCCUCUUAACUAAUCAUCUUAUUCGGCGACACAAAACAGGGACGACUUCAAUCAGAAACCACACAUCGGAUGAACGCGACCGGCACGUGACGAUAUGACUGACAGGUGUAGCAGGCUCGUGCCGUUUACAGACACCGGAGAUAUUUCGCUGCUCAAGGAGUUGCAAGCAUAUGGUGCACACAAAUGACUGACCCCCCAGCACAGACAUGCUGUAACUGUAACGUCACGGUGCUGGAGGCGGCGUCACCAUGAAGAGCUCCAGCUCCAGGUGGGCCUUCUCCCUGGGCUUCCUGGUGGGUGCGUGCAGCAUCUACUUCUUCCUGCGCCAGGUGUGGUUUGAGAGGAGCUAUCCCGUGCUGUCAGAGGCUCAGGAAAAAGCUACGGCCGUGGGGGAGAGCCCAACCAGCUGGAAGAAAGAGGGAGCUGCUCUCAUCAACCUGCUCCACCCUCACCAUGCAGAUGAGGACAGCCGGGUGGCAGACGUGCUGUACAAGAAGGUUCGCGUCCUCUGCUGGGUGAUGACCGGGCCGUACAACCUGCAGAGCAGAGCUCGCCAUGUCAGGGCCACCUGGAGUCGCCACUGCAAUGUGGUGGUGUUCAUGAGCUCGGUGGAGGACCCAGACUUCCCCACUGUGGGCCUGGGUACAAAGGAGGGCCGCGACCAGCUCUACUGGAAGACCAUUCGAGCCUUCCAGUAUGUCUACAAGCACCACGCGAAUGAAGCUGACUGGUUCCUAAAAGCUGACGAUGACACCUAUGUGGUGGUGGACAACCUGCGCUGGAUUCUGUCCAACCACACCCCCGAGGAGCCCAUCUACUUUGGCAAACGCUUCAAGCCUUACACCAAGCAAGGCUACAUGAGUGGAGGUGCAGGCUAUGUUCUUAGCAAAGAGGCCCUCAGGAGAUUUGUGGAAGGUUUUCGGACCAAAGCUUGCACACACACCACGCCUGUGGAGGACCUAGCGCUGGGGCAGUGUUUGGAGAAGAUGGGUGUUCUGGCGGGGGACUCCAGAGACACUUUGCAUCGAGAAACUUUCCACCCGUUCGUGCCAGAGCACCAUCUAACUAGCAAGUUCUCCAAGAGCUUCUGGUACUGGAGCUAUUGUUACUACCCUAUUGUUGAGGGUCCGCAGUGCUGCUCUGACCUGGCGGUAUCUUUCCAUUAUGUAGAAGCGGAGCUGAUGUACACACUGGAGUACUACACCUAUCACCUGAGAGCAUAUGGCUAUAGGCCACGCUACCGGCCCUCCUUACACGAGGCCCUGAGCCUCGGCCCGCUCUCGCAGACGGCCGUGACGGCGGGACUUAAAGGGGUUCAGCAGGUGACGCAUGGAAGGAGUCACACGACCUCAGCCCUCUUUGUUAGUGGAAACCAAACUAAAGCAGAGUCAGAGAAAGGGAGGGAAGACAAUCUAAACUCUGGCGUCACUGAGAACAGGACUGUGGUCACACAAGGCAGGCGCCGCUGAUGAUGCUGCGUCUCAGCUGACCUUGAAUGUGCGUGCUUGUGCCGGAGAGGUACUCAGUACCUCUGCACAGUAUGUUGGCUAAAUAAUGUUUUCUUCUGAUGGGGCUUCCAUGAUCCGAUCACACUAUAUUCCAGUCAGUAUGGCACUUUAACAGCUCACAGUGUGAGUGGAUAAAAUUUGAAUAUGAUGCAGAGUGACAGCCCAGUAUGGCUAUUUUUAACCAGAAAUUUGGUUUGGCUUCAUUACGUGUGAUAAAAUCAGCAUUUAAAUGUAUGAAUUUCUGAUGUCACACAGUCACAUAUGAGUGCUUGGAGUGAUGCAGGAAAAAUAGAACAUACAAUAUCAUUUUAAUGUAUUGCAGAAGUACCUGAGCCAAUGAUACAAUAGCAUAAGUAUGAAAAGAUUUUAUCAUUUUUAAUUCAUUACUUUGGAUUUUCCUUUUUUUUUCUUUCAUUAUGGAAAUGGAGAGCAGUAACAAAUGGCAGUGUGUGUGUGUGUGUGUGUGUUACAACUUCAAAAGACUUAGCCUCUUAUCUUCAUGGCCUCUUUCCUUUUCUGGCAUUAAAUCUGAUGCUCUUGUGUUACUUUUCUGCAUUUUAAUUAUUUUAAA